AUGGACGUCCUAGGCCACAUGGAGCUGACCGAGGGCUCCCUCUGCUCCUUCUCGCCCGGCGGCGAUUUCUACGACGACCCUUGUUUCAACACGUCGGACAUGCACUUCUUCGAAGACUUGGACCCGCGGCUGGUGCACGUGGGAGGCCUGCUGAAGGCCGACGAGCACGGCCACCACCACCACGGCCACGAGGACGAGCACAUCCGGGCGCCCAGCGGGCACCACCAAGCGGGCCGCUGCCUGCUUUGGGCCUGCAAGGCCUGCAAGAGGAAGACCACCAACGCCGACCGCCGCAAGGCGGCCACCAUGCGCGAGCGGCGGCGGCUCAGCAAAGUCAACGAGGCCUUCGAGACGCUCAAGCGCUGCACCUCCACCAACCCCAACCAGCGCCUGCCCAAGGUGGAGAUCCUGCGUAACGCCAUCCGCUACAUCGAAAGCCUCCAGGCGCUGCUGCGGGAGCAAGAGGAUGUCUACUACCCGGUCCUGGAACACUACAGCGGCGACUCCGACGCCUCCAGCCCCCGCUCUAAUUGCUCCGACGGCAUGAUGGAAUACAGUGGUCCUCCUUGCAGUUCUCGCAGAAGGAGUAGUUAUGACAGCAGCUACUAUUCAGAAUCACUCAGUGAUUCAAAGCAAGGGAAGAAUGCAGUCGUUUCCAGCCUAGAUUGCUUAUCCAGCAUUGUGGAACGGAUUUCAACAGAGAGCACAGCCUGUCCUGCUUUACCCACAGCUGAAAGUGGGAUUGAAGGCAGCCCUUGCUCACUCCACGAAGGGCCCAGCCUGGGUGAUACCGGAGUCCAAACCAGCUCCCCAGCCAGCUGUACUCAGAUUCCACAGGACUCUGCCAACAACAAUGCCAGCAACCCUAUUUACCAAGUGCUAUGA